AAAAUCAAAUUGGUUUAUACUAGCUCGUAAAAAUGAUAUUGGAUAUUGGAAAUUUAGAUUCACAUCUAGCGCUUAGUUUAAAAAGUUAAAGAUAUAACUCUUUGAAGUUUCUAGCUCUCUUAGUCUUUAACUACAGACAAAAAAAUGACCGAUAAUGCUAAUGGAUAUGUAUGUCGACUGGAAGAAGUACAAUCAAGUAUUGCUGAAGGAAAGUUGAUGUUGAAUGUUCUUCGUUCACUUCCAGCCACAAAGAAAAAUGAUGUUUUCAUUGCUCGUUUCGAAGAUCUAAUUAAAAGACUGGAAGACUAUCAGUUUCAAAGGAAGAAAAAUGAGGGUAAAGAUGCAAAGUUAAAGUUGCGAGCACUUAAACAACAACAAGAUAGAAUCAAAUAUCUUCUUGACCAAUUGGCAAGAGAUAUUCAGGAAUCCAAUUGUUCGACUAUGGAGGCUAGCGGCUCUUGUAAUGCUGCUGCAACGCCAACUAAUGUAGCAUUUCAAGAUUCUGCAUCAGCAAUGAUUUCAAAGUUUGAAACCUUAUUAUCCCAUGAUAAGCCCAAAACCUCCCAAGAGGAUAGCCAAUGUACUCCUGAUAACAAUGACUCUUUGCACAAUCCAGAAUCCAAACAGCAACUGGAAUCUACUGUCCAAAGUAAUGAUAAUCCACCGACUCUUGAAAUUUGUGAUCUUUUGAAUACUAAUCCAUCAGAAGUUUUGGAACGUGAUGACUCGACGGACCAGUAUGAGGCACAAUUAUCAGAACUCCAAGGAUUAAUUGAAGAUUCAGAAAAAUUUAAUGGAAUGGUAAAACGACUUGUGGUGAUAACGAAAAAAGCGCAUUUCAAUGAAUCAACAAAAUUACUUUUGGAUAUUUCGAAGAGAUUUACUGAACUUCAGAUGAGUUUUAAUUCCUUGAAAGAAAGCUAUGAUUCGCUUCGAAAUGAAACACAGCUAUCUUCUGAAUUACGCGAUAUCCAGAUGUCGAGCUUUCGUGAAUUUUUGAGCAGCUUAAGUCGCAAUUUCGAUUCGACCAAAGAAUGUUUCUAUACAAUUCAUCGUCUGGUCAAAACCACCAUCGAAGAACAACUGGCGAAUGGUACACUACAUGAAUUGGCUAAUAGUGAUGAAGAGGAUGACUUACCUGUGAAUGCAGAUAAAGCUUCUACAACUAAUGGCAGUGCAGAACUAAGUACAAGCAGACAAAAUGAUGAACCGUGUGGAGAUAUCGAUUCUGCAUUUGUUACUCAGAAAGCGUAUCUUACAGCAUUACAACAGCGGACAGCUCAAGAAAAAGAGGAGGUUGCUAGGCUACUGCAACAGCGAGAUGAAUUAGCCGGACGCUUAGCCUCUCUUAAAGCAGCUGCAAGUAGGGCGUCGCUUGAUGAUGUCGUAACAUCUGGCCAUACAAUUGAAUCGGCUCAUAUCAGUGUCCCAUUGGAUGAAAAUGACUGUGAUAACUCGUCGACUGGGAUAUCACCUGACCUGAUUGCUAGUUUGGAAGCUAAAAAACGCGAACUGAAUCAAUUAAAAGGUCAACUUGAACUGCUUCGUGAAGCUGAAGCGAAAAUCGCUACAUUUGCACCAGUUUUCCGUCUUUGUGAACCAGAAAUGACUAAUUUGUCCGAAGACGCUCUGAAUAAUAAUAAUAAUCAAGUUAUUUCUAGUCUACAGUCUGUAUCACAAGAAGUCAGUUCCCCUAAAGGAAGAUCCUCCUCGAAUUAUAAAGAAGACAUUGAUAAAUCAACAAGUGCCACUCAUUUUAAUGGACCAUCACGAAAUCUAUCAGUUUCCUCUGGUAUAUCAACGAAAACUGACUCUGUGACGUUUCAGCAGUCAGGAGUAAACUGUAGUGAUAACACUGAGCGUUUAUACGCUAAUAUGCGUGAAGCACGAAUAAAAAUAGAAGAGCAACGAAAUUUACAUGAUCGUGAAUUGUUAAAUAUUUCAAAUGGUACAAACUCAGGAUCUCAGAAACCAGUGCAACGUGUCAGUUGUAGUGGUGCCUCUGUUGCAACUAGUCAAGAUCGGACAACCUUAGCAACUUGGGGUGGUUCUUCUCCAGUUCCUUCAUGUUCUUCAGAAGCCUCUGAGGUGGCCAGCGGUGAAGGAGUUAGCGUCUGUGAUUCUGUGCCUUUAAAUUCUUGUCUUCCAACAUCUGGAACAAAUACUGCAGUUGUUAUCAAUUCACCUGAUACACCUGAUCAAUUGUCUACAGUAGCCAAACGAGCAUCUGGAAAACAUGGACAUAUUCAAGGCGAUUGUUCAAAUGAUAAUGUUCUGCAUGCUCCUUCUACCGGUGACAGUCCUUAUGCCCUAUCUCUUCCUCAAGUUGGACGCAGUCCAUCCCCGCCAUCUCGACACAAGAAUAGAUCAGGUGAUACUCAAAGUCAAAGACAAGAUAAUCUAAACACUAUGGCGAAUCAUCGUAUGAAUUCACAACAAAAUCAGCUAGGUGACUCUACAAAUACUUCUGUUAGCCAAACUGCUGCUAGUCAUAUGGUUGUUGCACCGAUUUGCAAUGAUUUUGAUGAUGGUCGAAUGUCAGAUAUGUCUUGUGCAAUAGCUAAUGAACGUAUUCAGCGCCUAGAAUCGAGUGUAGCCCAGCUUUUUCAAUUGUGUCGUUGUUUAAUGCUUGAAAACUCUCAGUUGAAUACAGCAGUCAAUCAGUUGAUGUGGCACAACUCGUCUCACCUAUCGCUUCCAGCACCAACAUCGUUUGGUCCACGCGGUUCAUCUAUUGGACCUGUUGCCUAUCACCAUUGCCAUUGCGUCCCAGCAUCAGCAAGUUGUAAUCAAGUAUUAGUGACAGAUUCCGGUUUGCCUUGUCAAUCAAUGGCCUGUAGGCAGGAGCAGUCAUUGAAAACUAUGCCUAAUGUGUGUUCACAGAAUUCAGGUGUAAUUCCUCCUACAAGUUUUAAGGAUUCUGAUCAAGCAGUUUUAAACAGUGGAGUCCAUGCUGUUUCUCAGAUUCAGCUGCUUACCAACCAGAUUACGCAACAACAAGCUAGUAUCUCUGAGCUACAAUCGGAACUUCAGCGUUUGAUACGACUGCAAACAGAAAAUAAGUCGUCACUUCCUACUGCUGAUACACAGUCACGUGGCCCUUGUUUUUCGAAUUCAGGUGAUUUUGGACUAGUCUUUUCAUCAAGUGUUCCUGGUCGUGCACCAUCUGCUAACACUGCAUCUAUCAAAUCUGGUACCAGUGAAUCCAUGGAACUUCAAAAGACUCUUUCGGGAGCUACUAGUUCUCACCAAAUGCCCACAUAUUCUUUUUUGACACCUCAGAGUAUGCCAGUCAAUAAUUGGUCUUUCGUUUCUAUUCCGAAUGUUUGUCAAUAUCCUAGAGAAGCUACAUUGAUAAACACAGGUCAGAGACCAACUGUACAAGCUGACUCAUAUCUCCCAAGUAUCUCUUUUACCUCUGGAUCCCCGUGCAAAUCUCACUUCACCUCAUGGUUCUUCAGUCAGUCAAAAUAAUCUAGGUUUCGGUAGACACCACUGAUCGAUCUACAGAGGGGAUCUUAACCGUGAUGAAAUCGAUCUCAUUCUCUAUAUUGAGUUUCUUUUUUAUCAGUUGACUCUGUUGCAUUUAGUUUUAACGCAUUUUCUACUCCACGUGUUGUUCUCCUGACACAAUUAGUUUCCUUUCACCUUUAUCUUCUUCUAUGAAAAUGCAUGUUCCUUCUCUGUUGUCGAACCCCUUCAAUUACCUUUUUUAUGCCUUUCUGCGUAUCUUAUGAUCAAUAUAUAAAAAAAUUGGCUUUGCCCACAUUAUGUUUAUGUAACUUUUGUGCAUGAAGCCUUUAUAUAUAUGUGAGAAUCACUUGUUACUACCUCCCAGUUUUCAUAUCCCAUCUUUUACCUUGACUCAUGAUAACAAUUUACCUUCUAGUAUCUAUGCAGUCUGGCUUUACUAAUCAUCUUUCCUGUACCUAUCACUGCUUUUAUCCUUGCUAGGCAGGCGAUCAUCAGUUGAAAUGAAGAUAAAAUGUAGAUUUUUG